UGGCUGUGUAUUGGAAGAGUGCCUCCGUUCACUCCACUUCCAUUCGAUCCAAGCAUUCCCACUCAGAGUCUGGGCUAAAAAGAGCUCUGGAAUCAAUCAUGGCGCGUUGGUGGCCAAUUUUGAGCGUUGUGUGCCUCUGCCUUGCAGUUGCACAUGGCCAGGACAAACUGGAAGGAGUUGAUGUUGAGGAGGUGUGCGCCGAUCGUCCUGCGGAUGAGUACUUCCGUUUGGAGACCGACGGCGAUUGCCGCGAGGUGUACAGGUGCGACAGUGCCGGCGAAGAUGGCACAUGGCGUUUGGCGCCGAUUCGCUGCGCCGGCGGCCUGGCAUUCGAUGUAUUGCGCCAACUUUGCGAUUGGAAGUCGAAUGUGAAGUCUUGCGAUGUGCUCGAGAAGCCUCGCAAGGCCAAGCCCAUCCUGAAGACGGAUGAGCCCAUCUGUCCCUCGGGAAAGCUGUCCUGCGGCGACGGCGAGUGCCUGGACAAGGAGCUCUUCUGCAACGGCAAGCCCGACUGCAAGGACGAGUCCGAUGAGAAUGCCUGCUCUGUCGACGAGGAUCCCAACCGUGCCCCCGAGUGCGAUCCCACGCAGUGCGCCCUGCCCGAUUGCUUCUGCUCGGCGGAUGGAACCCGUAUUCCCGGCGGCAUUGAGCCCCAGCAGGUGCCCCAGAUGAUCACGAUCACCUUCAACGGCGCCGUCAAUGUGGACAACAUCGAUCUGUACGAGGACAUCUUCAAUGGCCAGCGCCAGAAUCCCAAUGGCUGCUCGAUCAAGGGCACCUUCUUUGUGUCCCACAAGUACACCAACUACUCGGCGGUGCAGGAUCUGCAUCGUCGUGGCCACGAGAUCUCCGUGUUCUCGCUGACGCACAAGGAUGACCCCAACUACUGGACCGGCGGCAGCUACGACGACUGGCUGGCCGAGAUGGCCGGUUCCCGGUUGAUUGUGGAGCGAUUCGCCAAUAUCACCGACGGUUCGAUCAUCGGAAUGAGGGCUCCCUACCUGCGCGUGGGUGGCAACAAGCAGUUCGAGAUGAUGGCCGACCAGUUCUUCGUGUAUGAUGCCUCGAUCACCGCCUCCCUGGGACGUGUGCCCAUCUGGCCGUAUACCCUGUACUUCAGGAUGCCGCACAAGUGCAAUGGCAAUGCGCACAACUGCCCGUCGCGAAGCCAUCCCGUUUGGGAGAUGGUGAUGAACGAGCUGGAUCGUCGUGAUGACCCUACUUUCGACGAGUCCCUGCCCGGUUGCCACAUGGUCGACUCGUGUUCCAACGUGGCCAGCGGAGAUCAGUUCGCUCGCCUGCUGCGUCACAACUUCAACCGUCACUACAAUAGCAACAGGGCUCCUCUGGGCCUGCACUUCCAUGCCUCGUGGCUGAAGUCGAAGAAGGAGUACCGCGACGAGCUGAUCAAGUUCAUCGAGGAGAUGCUGGGACGCAAUGAUGUGUUCUUCGUGACCAAUCUGCAGGUGAUCCAGUGGAUGCAGAACCCCACCGAGCUGAAUUCGCUGCGCGACUUCCAGGAGUGGAAGGAGAAGUGCGAUGUGAAGGGCCAGCCCUACUGCUCCCUGCCCAAUGCGUGUCCUCUGACCACCAGGGAGCUGCCUGGAGAGACCCUGCGUCUGUUCACCUGCAUGGAGUGCCCCAACAACUACCCAUGGAUCCUCGAUCCCACCGGCGAUGGCUUCUCCGUCUAAGCCCCGAUCGCCCAGCCUUCUAUAAUCUUCCCAAACAGGAGAACAACUCACAGUAGUUCCACCGAGAGUCUGAUAAACUAAAAACAAUGAAAGCCCUAACAAACUGUGUACAUGCGGGAAUAUGUUGAACCAUCUACAGAAAUACUCAAUUUGUUGCAUCUUGCUUCUUGUGUGAUCCUAAAACCCCAGUUUCUUUCCGCUAUUAUUUAUGUAAAUUCUAUUUUUCGACUCCCACCAACUCUUGUCUGCCUUCCACUUUCUCUGUAUCUAUAUCUUUCUAUGUAUCUUUUACCUAUUUUCUGUAUCUUUACCUACUUCUUUGUAUCUGUAUCUAUCUUCCUGUUACUCUACCACUUCUGUUGAUUUUAAAAGUGAUUUGUUUUAAUUUACUUCGCUGCAUCUUUGACCAGCUCAAAGACAAUUUUCACAAACAAACAAAAACCAAGCGCCAAAAAUCGCAGCAGCAAGAAUAUCUUCGUAAUUGUAUAAGUAUUUUUUAUAAGAAACAUAUAAAAAAUAUAAAAAACUAUAAAAAUUAAA